UUAAUAAGAAAGGAAAAAGAAGAAAAAAAACAUAUGUUAUAAGUAUAAAAAAAUAAAGAUUAUAGCGAAAAACACGAAUCAAGCACAAUAUUAAAUACUCGCAUUUUAUGUUCCGUUUACAGUAAUUAAAUUUAUAUAAUGUUAAUGUGUUUUAAAUAUUAAAAUAAAUCAAAAUAAUGAACAACAUAGAAUUGGACAUUUCUUCUGAGGAGGAUGAUGAUGAUUACGUUAAUUCUGUAGCACGUUUAAAAGCGUUACAAAACGAAGUUGUGACAAAUCAUAAGGAAUUACAAACAAAUAACAAUGAAAAUAAAGGAAGAGGGAGAGAGAGAGGACGACGGCAAGGGCAAAAGCGAGGACGAGGACGAGAAAGAGAAAGAGGGAAAAACAAAGGGAGACAAAAAAAUACAAAAGAUUCUUUAAUUACUUGCGAUUUAACUGAAGAUUUAGGAUUUGUAGAAGACAAUUUAGAAAUUAUAUCCGUUCCAGAUGAAAAUGUUAUCCACACGAGAUCUUAUACAAGUAAACAAAAAAAGGUGGAUGAUAUAAUAAUUUUGAAUUGUAGUAGCGAAGAGGAAGAAGAUUUUAAAAAAGAUGUAGAAGACUUAGAAAAACAUGAAGAUUUUGAUGUAAAUGUGAAGAUCUUAUGGAGAUCCAAAGUCAUUCACCGUUUAAAUAUAAACAACCACGAGAAUUUCAGGAAAGUUUUUCAGUACUUUGCAGAUAUGGAGAAAGUUUCCAUAGAGCAAAUCUUAAUUAUGAAGAAGGACAAACGUAUAAACCUAGCAGAUACUCCUUCAUCUUUGGGUCUUUCGAUCAUAGAUAUUCUUGAAGGAGGAAUUGUGGAUGCAAGUAUAAUCUCUCAAAAUGAUCAUCAAAAUCAACAAAAAAUCAUAGAAGAAGAUAUAUGUCAAAUCAAAGUACAAACCGCGAAUAAGGAAUCUUUGGUGAUUCCGCUUAAGAAAAACCAACAAUUUCAAAUAUUAAUUGCUAGUUGUGCUCGUGAAUGGAACGUUACAAAAUCUAGUAUUAAAUUAUAUUUCGAUGGGGAUCCUAUUAAUAAUAACGACACUCCAGAAAGUUUAGAUCUUGAACAAGAAGCAUGUAUCGAUCUUCGUAUCAUUAAAAGUUAAUAUAAUUGUUAUGGUAUUAUUAACUCUUUCAAUAUUACUAAUGAUCGAACUAAUGGAAGAUCAGAAAAAGUAUUUGUUAAGUACUGUUAAGUAAUACCAACAAUUCAGUAAAUUAUAGUCACCCGACAUCUGAUGCUCAUUGUGCACUACCAAUGACUAUAGUUAAAUUGUGACAAUCAAGGUGUAUUUUAGGUGACUACAUUGCAAUUGCAAUAUCUUAUUGUUUAUCUGCUUCAUGAUAAAAUGUACAUUCACUUUGUAAUUAGCUCAUACAGUAUAACUUCGUUUAUGAUACACAAAUUGAAGGCAGGAACUUAUUUAUAUAAAUAUUUAAUUUCGUUUUCAUCAAGUAUUGUAAAUUAUAAUAGCAGUAAUUUUUAGAAUUGUUCUUUUAAAUUAAUUUCAAUCGAUAAUAUUUAAUAAAAAUGACUUUUUAUUCCUACGAACAAAUUUCCCUAUAAAAAAUAGAUAUACAUAAUGAU